CGGCGUGGCGCUUGUUGAGCGGCGGCGGCAAUCGACGUAUACAAGGGGUUUGAGCGUCCUUUGGAUAGCGCGGCCCGUAGCGCCAUGAACUUAGGAGAUGGUUUAAAGCUUGAAACUAAAUUAUUGGAUGGAAAAACCAAGCUAAUACUGUCUCCAUAUGAACAUAAAUCAAAAAUUUCUGUAAAGCAGAUGGGAAAUAAGACCAAGAUUGCAAAAUGUCCUUUAAGAAAUAAACAAACUGGAUACAUUCUGAAAUCACAAAAUACUUGUGUCAGGACUGAAAAACUUUCGCAGAAGAAGAGAAUUGGUUCAGAAACUUCAUUGGCAAAAAGUGAAAAAAAUAGUAUGACUUUUUCACCCACUAAGGAUUUAUGCAAGCAGUAUGCAGAUAAAGACCAUCUUCAUAUCCAGAAAGAAAUUUCACCUGCAACCCCUAAUAUACAGAAGACUAGAAACAGUAUAAAUGCAUUUGUAGUAGCUAAACAGAAGCCUUGCGAAAAGCACAUCACAGCUGAAAAUGUGAAGAGCAGUUUGGUGUGUCUAACACAAGACCAACUACAACAGAUUUUGAUGACUGUAAACCAAGGAAAUAAAUCAGUUUCCCUGACUGAGAAUGGAAAGGAGGAAACAAGUCAGUAUAGUCUAAAUUUAAACAAUAUUCCUGAUCAGCCAAAGGAUGAGAAUAUUAUGGGACUUCCACAAAAAACUGAGGCCAUUUCAUCUGUUCAGGAUGAAAAAAAGUCUGUUUUAAAUGAAAAUCAGGUGACAUCUAAUCAGUAUGAGCAGAAAAUUGCCACAGAGAAUAUAUGGAAACCAGCUGACAUAUUCAGUACUCUGGGAGAAAGAGAACGUGGUAGAGGUUUGUUGGAAGCAAAAAAAGCCCAGUGGAGGAAAGAGCUUGUUUUUGUAUAUUUUUUAAAAAGGACAUUAUUUACAGAUGAACAGGUUGCUUUAAAGAAGAAAGAAAAAGAAGCUUCUGAAAAAUGGAAUAAUCCAUGGAAAAAAUCUGAAAGUGAUAAAAUAGUAUGGGAAAAACUUCAAAUUCUUGAUCAUGCUAAGGAAGCAGUACUGACGGAGCGCCCUUUCAGUGCUGUGAAACAAGAACAGCAGAGAAAAUGGAUUGAAGAGUUGAACAAGCAAAUAGAGGAUGACCGGCAAAAAAAAGUAGAGGAAAAAAUUAUAUCUUCAAAGGGUGAGGAACAUGACAGAUGGGCAAUACAUUUUGAUUCAUUCAAGAGUUGUCCUGGUUCUCAGUCUCAGCUGUCCUCUCAGUCAACGCAAACACAACCAGAGUACUUCUGUGUCUCUCCGGACGCUCAGGACCUGGCUGAUAUCAGCAGUCUAUAUACACCUGCAGCAGGAAGCCAGGCUGAACCUUCAGAGGAGGAGCGCGUGGCAAGACCUGUUAGAGACGUGGCUGUGGAAAGCAGUAAGAAAAGGAACUUUCUCCGUUCUAUGACUGCUCUUUUGGACCCAGCUCAAAUUGAGGAACGAGACAGGAGACGACAAAAACAGUUAGAACAUCAGAAAGCCAUCACUGCUCAGGUAGAAGAGAAGCGCAAGAAGAAGCAGCUCGAAGAAGAGCAAAGAAAGAAGGAGGAACAAGAGGAGGAGCGUCGCUUAGCACGGGAACAAGAAGAGAUGCAGAAACAGUAUGAAGAAGAUAUACUUAAGCAAAAACAAAAGGAAGAAAUCAUGACUCUUAAGACAAUUGAACUGUUCCAGACGAUGCAGAGAGCGCAGGAGCUGGCACAGAGACUGAAACAAGAACAGAGAAUCCGAGAAUUGGCUCAAAAGGGACAUGACACUUCUAGAUUGAUUAAAAAUCUUGGCAUUGAUACAAUACAAGUGGAAUAUAAUGCAUCUACUGACAACAUUGCAAAUUCAAGACAUGGCUUGGAUAAAAUCUGUGGUAAAAUGAAUGCAUAUAUCAGCUCUGCAGCCUCUCCCAGGAAAGACACUGGUGUGCAAACAGAUGACUUAAAUGCAGGAAUAUUUACCAAUAUAGAAUCACACUGUGGAUCGGUAAUAGAGAGGGAAAUUAUAAACUCUUCAUCUCCUGAGAUUACUGCAGAAUUUAAUGAACAGUUUAACACUAAGAAGAACAAGCAAGAACUAGUAAGUCAUGAUAACGGAGCCAACUUAGAAAAAGAAAACAGUUGGUAUAAUGACCAAUGUAAUCAGUUCACAAGAACAGAGAAACAAACAAAACAUAUGAAGAAGUGUCCUAAAAGGCCUGAUUGGAAUAUAAAUAAACCACUGAGACGGUAUAUUCCAGCAUCAGAAAAAUACCCUAAACAGCUUCAAAAGCUGAGAGAAGAAAGAAGAGUAAGAAGGCAGAUGGAACUGCUUCAUUUGGUAGAAAGAAAUAAUCUUGGACACCUUUCUCAAAAUAGAGUCAUUUCACCAGAUGUUCUUCAUUCAUCUCAUCAAGAAACUGAACCAAGUUUCAGGUGGCAGCUAGUCAAAAAGGAAGAAGAACCUCGGAGAAUUGAUUCUUUCAGUGAGGAAAGGUCUCAAUCACCACCAGUUCCGGCAGUGAAAAACAGAACGCAGCAAACUCAGACACUAAAAAACAGUACUUAUGAAAGAGAGACUCUGAUCUCAGGAGAUAGUCAAACAGAAUUAUCACCUGGGUUUUCUGAACCAUUUCAUUUUAUUCCCUAUGUCCGAACCAAUGAGAUCUAUUACCUUGAUCCAGAUGCACCAUUGUCUAGGCCUUUAACCCAGGAUCCUCAGUACCAAAAUCCACAUGACUGUGACCAAGAACAGCUGUUUGACCAUCUCAGGGACCCACUUCUUAAUCCUAACUUGGUGAAAAACAGGGAUCGACAGCAAGCAAUCCUUAAGGGACUGUCAGAACUGAGACAGGGCCUUCUCCAGAAGCAAAGAGAGUUGGAAACUAAUCUCAUGCCUUUAGCUGCAAAUGAAGAAGAGAAUUUUAGUUCUUCGUUUUAAAUGUAGAAAAUCAAAUCAAAUCCUUUACAUUUGAUUUGUCUUAAAAAU